GUCGCCCAAGUGGCGCAUCCGGGACUACCUGGGCAGCCCCAUGGCGCGGAACAUCCGCAACCUCCUCGUGGUGCACGACCGGUCGUGGCGGCACGGCACCGCGGCCCUGGGCUACCCCGACAUGGACCUGUAUUCGCACCGCCUGUUCGUGGACUCGCUGGGGUUCUCGACGUCGCAGAUCUUGACGGCGUGGCGGUGCGACCGUCUGACGCGCGCCUCCGCCAACCUGUUCCCACUCAAGAUGCUCGAGGGCUUCGCCGGCCACCAGUUCACAGUGUCGGCGUCCGACACGCCGCCCUUCAUGUACCGCACCGUCCUCAACGCGGACGGCGACACGCGCUGGGACGGCAUCGAGAUUCGGCUGCUGCGGCUGCUGGCCGAGAGGCUCAACUUCACCGUGGACGUGCGCGAGGCGGCCGAUGACGACGCCAACCCGAUCGGGUCCGCGGUGCGCGUCGUCAACACGAUCGUGGGUGGCAGCGCCGAGCUGGGCGCUGGCGGUAUCUACGUGACGCAGCCCCGCAUUGAGGUGGUGGACGUGAGCUUCCCGCACACGCAGGACUGCGCCGCCUUCAUCACGCUGGCCUCGGUGGCCCUGCCCAGGUACCGCGCCAUCAUGGGGCCCUUCCACUGGACCGUGUGGCUCGCCCUCACGCUCGUCUACAUGUUCGCCAUCCUGCCGCUCGUGUACUCGCACUCCUUCUCGCUCCGCAUCCUCCUCAAGUCCCCCGGCCAGAUCGAGAACAUGUUCUGGUACGUGUUCGGCACCUUCACCAACCUCUUCUCCUUCAAGGGCCGCGACUCGUGGACCGCCUCGACGCGCACUUCGACGCGCAUGAUCAUCGGCUGGUACUGGGUGUUCUCCAUCAUCGUCACGGCCUGCUACACGGGCUGCAUCAUCUCCUUCAUCGCCUUCCCCGCCUUCCCGUCGGUCAUCGACUACAUCUGGCAGCUCUGGGACGCCGGCUACUCUAUCGGCACUCUGCGCACGGACGGCUGGAGCACGUGGUUCCGCAACUCGUCGGACCCGCUGACGGACAAGCUGCUGAAGAACAUGGAGACGGUGCCGACGGUGUGGGAGGGGCUGGUCAACAUGACGCAUGCCUACUUCUGGCGGCCCUACUCGUUCUUGGGCUCGCGCCUGUACCUGGAGCACGUGGUGCGCACCAACUACACGGCGGAGAACAAGCGGUCCCUGGUGCACGUGACGCGCGAGUGCCUGGUGCCCUUCUGGGUGGCGCUCGUCUUCCCCCGCGCGGCCACGUACAGCGAGCGCUUCAACCAGCUGCUGAUGCGCUCGCUGCAGGCCGGCAUCACGGAGAAGCUGCGCCGCGACGUCACCUGGGACGUGAUGCGCACGCAGGCGCGCAACGGCCGCCUGCUGCUGCAGGUGAGCAGCGGUCGCGGGCUGCGGAUGCCGCCGCCAGAAGAGCGCUUGCUGUCGCUGGACGACACGCAGGGCAUGUUCCUGCUGCUGGGCGCGGGCUUCGCCAUCGCGGCGCUGGCGCUCUGGGUGGAGACGCUGACGGGGCGCAUCCCGCUCUGCAGGAAGUCCAGCGUGGGCAGCAUCCCCCCCGGACUGUUCGACCGCGACGACGACGCGCCGUCCUCCUCGCGCCGCCCAAGCUGCGUGUCCUCGGAACCCAGUCGCGCCGGCAGCGGCUCGACGCGGCGCAGCGGCUCCGCCGUUCGGCAGAGGAGAGCUGCGGCGUCGUCCGCGGAGUCCCUGCAGGUCGUGCGCGAGGACGUGGUGGCUGCAGUGGACGUCCACGCCGACGGCGAGCCCCGGCGAACCACGCACUCGCUCCUCGGCAAGGUCAUGUCCACGGUGGCGGCCUCGAUCGCCUUCCAGCGGACUUCGCUCGGCGUCCCGCGCGAAGCGUGGCGCGAACAGCAGCAAGCCGAAGAGGAUGACGUCAUGGCGAAGCACACGCUGCAGGUCCACGAAGACACGGUGCUGCACCUCAGUAACGACGACGCGCACCUUCGCGUCCUGGGCGACGGGGAACACGCGGAGCUCGCGGAGCACGCCAGUCUGGCCGUCGGCGGGCGGUGCCGCCGGGGCUCCGUGCACCCACUGGCAUUCCGUCACCUCCCCGAGGACAGCCCCUCACCGGACCAACUGGACCCGGGACAGGACAUUGGUGACCAGCCAGAAGAGCGCCUUAGGUGGGGCAGCAGCACGGGGCACAGCUCCCUGUUCGGCAGUCCAGUCCACCACUCGGGCCUCGGCGUCGGCGACCUUCCUGAAGACACCCCGGGCGUCGAGCAGGACCUGCCCGAGGACCCCGACGACGACACGUCCACGUACAUUCUGUUACACGCGUCCAGCGAGGACUUGCGGCCGGCGGCGCGGCCCCCGACUCCAUUCGCGGUCCUGGACGCCGGUACCAAGACCACGCUCCGCCCCGUGGCCUCCAAGCUGGGGCACCGCCGGCGGUCGUCCGUCGCCCUGGCGGCCCUGGCCUCGGGUGGCUGGGGGCGGCCCGAAGAGGCGUGCGAACAGGACCAGGGCCAGAACUUGGACACCGAGGACGAGGCCACCGUCGCCGUGGGUGACUGGAAGCAGGAAGAAGGCGAGCAGGAGAAGGACGAGGAGGAACAUAAUACAUACCUUAGAACUCAUGAGUCAUUAUUACAAAGGAACCUGCACCAAUGUGUCACUUCAAACUUUGUCAUGACCAUUUGCGGCCUCUGA